AUGAGUGCCGUCAACGACGACUACUGCGACUGUCCUGAUGGUACAGAUGAACCUGGUACUUCUGCAUGCCCCAACGGUGUUUAUUACUGUGAGAACAAGGGCUUCGUUCCAGGCGUAAUCCGCAGCUCUCGCGUCAAUGAUGGUGUCUGUGAUCCCGAGUGCUGCGACGGCUCUGACGAGACAGAUGGCAAGGUGGUAUGCCCCAAUGUGUGCACCGCGAAAGCGACCGAAGCGGAUAGAAAGCGCAAAGCGCAGCUGAAAAUACACAGUAACGGCGCUCGUAUCCGCGCCAGCUACAUUGAAACGGCCAAGAAAGAGCAGGCAGUGCACAAAAAGAAGUUGGAUGAACUACUUCGUGACAUGGCUUUAGCUCAGAAACGGGCUGAUGAUUUGAAACGGGCACUAGAGAAGGAGGAACUGAGCGACCAGGAGGUGCGGGAAAUGCAGAUGCAGAGCCGUACGUAUAUUCCGCUAAUCCCAGCGCUCUACAAGCAGAUUGAGCAACGGCACGAAAUGAUUCGCACUCUCUCGCGUGCCUUGGACAAUGCUGUGGAUGAGCUCCGUGCCGUGGCCCGCAUCGCCGAAGGCGCAGAGACCAAAGAAUCCAAGGACGCUUUGGAACUGUGGCUGGGCGAGACGGAAGAGGGAGAACAAAUCACACUCGAUGCCAAGCUGGACGAUAUCCGUGACUGGGCUCCUUCCUCGUCGGACAUUGAAAACAUGGCCAAUAUGAACAUUCUCGAGAUGCUCGAUGGAGAGCCAAGCGGUGCGGUGUCUGAAGAGACAAGGCCUGGUCUGCGGCACAUUCCUUCUUACCUACCUGAGAAUCUGGUGCCUAUGUAUGAACAGCUGAUCUCAUGGGUCCUCCAUACCUUAGUACACCUCGAUGUUUUGUCGCCUGUACAAGUGCAUGGAAGGGCAUCCAAGGUUUUGGAUACGGCGCGUGCUGCUUAUGACGAAAGUGUUUCCGAAGUUGAAAAGAUUAACAACGAGGUCGUGACUCAUAAAAAUUCACUCAAGGAUGAUCCCGAGAGGUAUGGACGGGACAGUGAGUUCAGGGCGCUAGAGGGUACAUGUAUGACCAAGGACACGGGUGCCUAUACCUACGAACUUUGCUUUGGCGGCAAGUCGACACAGAUCUCCAACAAUGAUGGAUACCGCUUUGAUCUGGGUCGCUUCUCACGCUUUGAUGUGAACGCCGAGUUUGACAUGACGGACGAUCGGCACUAUCUGUCGAUGCAGUACGAGCACGGUCAAGGGUGCUGGAAUGGCCCUGCACGCUCUACACGCGUGACACUGGAGUGCGGUGAGACCAACGAAUUGGUCAGGGUCUUGGAAGCUGAGAAGUGCACGUAUACUAUGCACGCCAAAACACCCGCGGUCUGUUUCCCUUUCAGGACAGAGACUGAUCUGGCGGACGAGGCGCGCAUUGACCACGAAGAGCUCUAA